AUGAGCCAGCUGUGUCUACUCAGCUUUACGCAGUCCCAGUGUGCUCUUCCUCGACCAACCAUGGCGUUACUCCUCACUAUCCUGGCUGUCCUUUCGAUUGCCAAUGCUGCAGCCCUAACAGCCAACUAUCCGAUCAACGCGCAGUUGCCGCCAGUCGCACGCGUCUCAGAGCCUUUCCGAUUUGCCUUCGAUCAAAGCACAUUUUCCAAUAGUGACAACGAAACCGAAUACUCACUAUCGGAUGCGCCAUCUUGGCUCAAAGUGAACAGCAGUACUCGCACACUCUCGGGGACCCCUCACGAAAGCGACAGUGGCGCGCCAAAAUUCAAACUCGAGGCAUCCAAUGGAUCAGAAAAGGAUAGCAUGGACGUGACUUUGAUUGUGACUGCGGACCAAGGUCCCACAGUGCACAAGCCGCUCAUCUCCCAAUUACAGAAAAUGGGGCCGGUUUCUUAUCCUUCCACCCUGUUCAUCCACCCAGGUCGCGAAUUCUCCAUUGAAUUCGACUCGGAUACCUUUGAAAACACACAUCCUUCUACGAUCUACUACGGAACCUCACCAAAUAACACCCCGCUGCCCUCUUGGAUGGGAUUCGACCCCGCGGCGCUAAAGUUUUCUGGAAACACUCCUCCUUUUGGUGGCUCGGGGUCUCAGACAUUCACUUUCCAGCUCGUGGCUUCUGAUGUUUCUGGGUAUAGCGCGGCCAACAUGACAUUCCAACUGACCAUUGGUCCCCAUAUUCUGGCAUUCAACGAGACUGUGCAAUCGUUUAACCUCACUCGAGGGGACAAGUUUAGCAGUCCUAAUUUUAGCAGCCUCCUGUCCACCGAUGGCUCACCUACUUCAGGCAAGGAUUUGGGUAAAGUUGAAGCGGAAUUGCCGGAUUGGUUGAAGCUUGAUAAGGAGAAUAUCUCGCUGAGUGGAACUCCUCCAAAUGACGCUGUCAAUGAGAAUAUUACCAUUGCCGUGUCAAACUCCUACCAAAACGACGCAAAGCUCAUGAUUCGUCUGGAGUUCAUGAAGCUGUUUCUCAACACGGUUGAUGGCUGCGAGGCUGCUAUCGGCAAGGAAUUUAAAUUCAUGUUCAACCAGACCAUUGUGACCGAUGACUCUGUCCAACUCGAUGUCGAUUUGGAUAGUGAGCUCUCAUGGCUUACAUACUUUCCCGAGAACAAGACCCUUUACGGCCGUGUUCCCGAUGAUAUGCACCCGAAGAAAUUCACACUCCCGCUCACUGCACACCAAGGAUCGACUACAGACACAAGGGAUUUCAUCCUCGAUGUUCUCAAAGCUUCAGACACACAUGAGAACCCCACAGAUCCCUUCACUCAUGAUGAAUCGAGUUCUAGUCCCAAUCACAAAAAGGCGGGCAUCAUCGCAAUCUCCGUUGUGCUGCCGGUGGUGGUUAUUUUCAGUGCUCUCAUUCUGUUUUGCUGCUGGCGUCGCCGCAGGAACUCCCCUCCGGUGGAAGAGGGAUCUUCGAACAUGAAGCCUGCUCCCCCACGCCCUAUCAGGCCAGAUAUGCCCAACUGUGAGCCAGACAUGGCUGGAAGAACUUCUCAUGACGAUCAUUCGGAAGACUGGAGGAGUCCUGUUUCUCCUACGGCGGAUCUUCCCAAACUUGAACUUGGACCAUCAUGGAACGUUUCAUCUUUCGACGAAAAGGAGCAUCCUGCCAACUUCGACAUGCCCGAGCCUGUUAUACCUCCUCGCUCCCCUGCUCGCCAAUCGCCCACCCGAGGCGGUUUCGCUCCUCUACGUGAUACCGUAAUCGAAGAAGAUAAGCCUAUUGAAACCACCCCGUCGAAGAGGAAGAACCCUCGUCUGUCAUCCACAACUAGCCCCAUGCGCCGGCGCACCACCAACCGAUCUCGACGAGAGCCGCUGAAAACAAUCCAGCCCCGCGCAAUGAAGCGCGAGUCUAUGCAGUCUUUCAAAUCCAAGCGUUAUUCGAAGCGCUCGAGCGGUAUCUCAUCCAUAGCUUCCGGCCUCCCCGUGCGAUUCAGCGGUGCCGGACAUGGUGCUGGUGGGUUUGGCCCCCCUGGCCACGGCAUCGUGCAAACAUCAUGGCAAAACCCACGACAAUCGUUGAUGAGUGACGAUUCCAGUCUCAACAACAUGGCGCCCAUGUUCCCGCGUCCCCCAGCAGCAGCACGGAUGCGUCACAGCAUGGCCUACAGCAUGGCAUCUACCAUUCCAGACAACUACAAGCGCAUGACACUGCGAACAGUCGAGCCAGACGAAUCCACCAUCUCAGAAGCCGACUCCCUGGAAGCCUUCGUGCACAGCCGCGCCAAACACCGUAACUCCGCCAACCCUCUCUUCUCCGCUCAAAUCAGCCGCCGCCCUUCCUCCGCCCUUCGCACCCUGAAUCGCAACCGGAGUACUCGCAGUCGUGCUGAUACGGUAUCAGUCUCGACCUUCAGUGACGAGUAUCGUCGAUCAAUCCACGAUCGUCCCAUGUCAACUGCUUUCUCGGUCUCUGAAUACGGAGAUGAUAACAACCGCUACUCUGUCUACCAAAAUAUGCAACCACCUGGGCUAUUCCCGCUUGCUGAAAAUAGCGUCAAUGGGGCGAGUCAAUUGAGUUUGGCGCAGGAAUACCGCGGUGCCAUCUCCCCGAUACCUCGUUUCUGGAGCGAGAACAGCCUGGCCAGUGCCCCGCAGCUGGAUUCACGAACCAAAUAUAAUGACGAGAACGCUAUCCCGCAAAGCUCGUCUAUGGUCUCCGAUUUGGAUGAACAUCUGAAUCGCAAAGUCACCCAGACCAAGCCCAAUAACCAGUGGCAGUUUUCGCCUCUUGAGCCUCCACCGCCCGUGAAGAGUUCUAGCAAUCGGGGUCUUCCUAUAGCGAGCAGUGGAGAGCUGGCCUUUGUUUAA